GGUGCCGCGUGUGAGUAUCCGGAGGUGCUGGGAAACUUUACGGCCCGGGACAAGCAGGGCUCUGCGGACCAUGGAGUACUUGAAGGGCCCAGCUGUGAGCAGCCAAGGCUGCGUCCUGUGCUGCGAGUGUGGUGUCCCCAUCCCCCCUAAUCCAGCCAACAUGUGCGUGGCCUGUUUGCGGACACAAGUGGACAUCAGUGAGGGGAUCCCCAAGCAAGUCUCCAUUCACUUCUGCAAACAGUGUGAAAGGUAUCUUCAGCCUCCAGGGACAUGGGUACAAUGUGCCUUAGAGUCUAGGGAACUUCUUACUUUGUGUUUGAAAAAAAUCAAGGCCUCUUUAAGUAAGGUGCGACUGAUAGAAGCAGGCUUUGUCUGGACCGAACCUCACUCCAAGCGGCUUAAGGUUAAGCUGACCAUCCAGAAAGAGGUGAUGAAUGGUGCCAUUCUUCAACAAGUGUUUAUAGUAGAGUAUGUGGUUCACUCCCAGAUGUGUGAUGCUUGCCAUAGGGUGGAGGCCAAGGACUUCUGGAAAGCUGUGGUGCAAGUCAGGCAAAAGACGUCACACAAAAAAACAUUCUACUAUCUGGAGCAGCUGAUCUUGAAACAUCGAGCGCAUCAGAACACACUUCGGAUCAAGGAGAUUCACGAUGGCCUGGAUUUCUAUUAUGCCCAGAAGCAGCACGCCCAGAAGAUGGUGGACUUUCUCCAGUGCACAGUCCCUUCCAGAUCGAAGGCUUCGCAGAGGCUGAUCUCUCACGACAUCCACAGCAACACGUACAAUUACAAGAGCACGUUCUCCGUGGAAAUCGUGCCCAUCUGCAAGGACAAUGUGGUGUGUCUGCCCCCCAAGCUGGCCCAGAGCCUCGGCAACAUGAGCCAGAUCUGCGUCUGCAUCCGCGUCACCAGCGCCAUCCACCUCAUCGACCCGAGCACGCUGCAGAUCGCCGAGAUCGACGGCAGCACGUACUGGCGCUACCCGUUCAGCAGCUUGUGCCACCCCCGGCAGCUGGAGGAGUUCAUCGUCAUGGAGUGCAGCGUCGUCCACAAGCAGAAGGCCGUGGCGGGGGCCGGCACGAGGUCCAACAAACACCUGCUCGGUGAGGCCUGGGUCCAGAAAACCUCGGAGAUGAACACGGACCAUCAGUAUUUCUGCCGGACGCACUUGGGCCACCUCCUGAGCCCUGGAGACCUGGUGCUGGGCUUCGACUUGGCCAAUUGCAACCUGAAUGACGAGCACGCCAACAAAAUGAGCAGCCAGCACGUCCCCGAUGUGGUGUUAAUUAAGAAGAGUUACGACCGUGCCAAGCGCCAGCGGCGCAGGAACUGGAAGCUCAAGGAGCUGGACAGGGACCGAGAGACCAUGGACACAGAUGACGAGAGGCAAUACCAGGACUUUCUGGAAGAUCUGGAAGAAGAUGAGGCCAUCAGGAAGAAUGUCAAUAUUUACAAAGCCUCGACCAUCCCCGUGGAGAGCGACACAGAUGAUGAAGGGGCCCCCCGGAUUAGCCUGGCCGAGAUGCUGGAAGACCUUCACAUUGCUGAAGAUGCCACUGGUGGAGAAGGAGCAGCGAUGAUGGCCUGAUGAUGCCGCCCAGGUCCUAGACUCAGUUUCCUUAUCUGGAAAAUGAGAGCUUAGAUUAGGAGGUCUCUGAGAUCCUUCCUGCUCUGAAAUUGUUUCUAGAAAAUAUUAGGCCAUUGAAAAGGGAAAGGUUUGAAGCUGAAAUAAAUCCGAGUAGAAUUGAGUGCUUACUCGUGUGCCAUAAAUGAAAUAAAAUGAAUGAUGGAUUUAAA